GUUGCUUUACUCGCAUUUUCUUUGAACUUUCAUUCAAUGUUUGUGUACAGCCUGAGCUGAUUGCAAAUAAAAUUGCAAUUCGCUUGUACUUUCCCUUUAGCACACACACACACACCCAUAUACACACAUACAUACAUAGCAAGCGUAGUUGAAAACCGUUGCAUCUAUAUAUAAAUGUGAUAACAGGCAUAAGCAACGAUAACGAUUAAUGUCUAAGCACGAUUAAAACGAUCAAAAUACGAACGACGACGUUGCAGAUUUUAAGAACUGCAGCGAUAUGCAAUAAACAAAACAUACAACAAAAACAUUUUGCAACAAACAACACAGAAAUACAAGCACAAUCCACAAAGUUAACAAUCAAAAGACACAAACAACAACAAAAACAUUUUCAAAAAUGAUUAAAUUGAAAUCAUUAUUCCGCAGAGGACAAGGAACCUCGAGUUCUGGCUCCUCCAACAAGCAGCAGCAGCAUUCCAACAACAAUCGCCAAAAGUCACAGUCCAGCACAUCCCUCAAUACAGCGCAUGAGCAACAGCAGCAACAGCAACAGCAACAACAACAGCAGCAGCAGCUAAACAACAUUGCAGCAACAACAGCGACAACAACCAAGUUUUAUGCCAAUCAGGACGCAACCUAUGAGCGUGGUGUGGAUGUGGGUGAUGAGUCGGCGCUGCUGCUAACAGCACAACAGCAACAGUUGCAGCGGCAACAACAGCAACAGCAGCAGCAGCAACAGCAACAACUUUUGAGCAAUACGCUGCCGCAAAAGAAAUCCAAAUUCAAAGGACAAAAGCAGCCAAAGCAAUUGCCACAACAGCAACAACAACAGCAGCAGCAACAGCAACAGCAACAUAUGACUACCAUUACAGCAGUGCCAAGCAGCAGCAACAGCAACAACGGCAGCAACAGCAAUAACAACAAUAACAACGCAUUGGCUGCAUUGCAAGAUGGAAGCGCUGCUGCCGCUGCUGUCGCUGCAGAUUUCUAUCAGCAAUUAGCAGCAGCCGCAGCAACAACAACAACAGCAGCAGCAGCAGCAACAACUGCAACAGGCAGCAACGCCAGCAACAGCAGCAGCAGCAACAAUUCCGCCGCUGCAGCAGCAGCAGCUGUUGCCGUUGCCGCUGUAGCUGCCAGCAGCUACCAACAGCAGCAGCAACAACAACUCAUCAACAACGAGCAACAACAACAGCAACUGUUAGAGGCUAAUCAUAAAAUGCAGGAGCUGCAUACACAACUGGAGCGACUUGGACGCGAGCAACUGCAGCUGGAGACAAGGAUUACGGAACUGCUGCCAUACCAAAGCGAGGUGACCAAACUCAAGGGUGAUCUGCUCAAAAUGCAGAGCCAACAGGAGAAAACACAAAUGGAAAUAGGCAAUCUGAAAUAUGAAAAUGAAUCUUUGCGCAAUCGUUUGCGCGACGUUGUCAACUCACCAUUGUCGGACGCGGAGAAGCAUCAGAUUAUACAAGACUCACAGCGUUUGCAUAGCUCAGCGCCAGCCUCCAUAGCGCUGCCCAGCACAAACGAAGGCGGGCAGGAUGGCACGCCUUGCCUUACGCCCGAUUGGGACAAACACUCGUCGUCCAGUGAAAUUUCAGUAGCUUGCCUGCAGGACAAGAUUAUACAAAUGGAGGAGACACACUACUCCACCAACGAGGAGCUGCAGGCAACGCUGCAAGAGCUGGCCGACUUGCAGACACAGCUGAGCGACACGCAGACCGAGAACGAGCGUCUGGCCGAGGAGAAGGACGUGCUCUUUCAAUCGCUUUGUCGCCAGACCGAAAAGCUUAAUGAGUCGCGCACACAGAUCAGCACAUUGCAGGAGCUGCUGCUGCGCGACAGCAAGCAGGCAGCCGAGGUGUGCACCUCGGAGCGCGAGAAGAAGCUGCUCGACUUGAUACAGAACUCGCAGGAGGAGCGCGAGGCGCUGCUGCUGAAGCAGGAGGAGCUGAACGCAGAGCUGGCGGAGCUGCGGCAAUCGCGCGAUGCAGUGCAGCUGGAACAGCAGCGACAGCGUGAGCGCAAUGCGCUGCUCGACUCGCAGCUGGAUGCAGCCAAUGCUGAGCGCAAGCAGACAGAGUCGCAGCUAUCGCUGGCCAAGGAGGAGAUCUCACAGCAUGCAAUAGAGAUUAGUCGACUGAGCACGCUGCUGGACAAUGCGCGCUCCAAGAUUGAAGAGCUGGAGGCGGAUUUGUCGCGCGGCGAUAAAACUGAUCUAAGCGAUGUGCUGGACGCAGCGCGUCGUGAGAAAGACGCGCUCGAGGAGCGUCAGGCUGAGCUGCAGGAUCAGCUGUCGCGCAGCCAGGCCGAAGGGCGACGCCUGCGCGAGCAGCACGCCGUGCUCAGCGAGGAGUGCAAGGUGGCCAAAAAUAAUGUCAAAUGCGCCGUCUCCAAUCUGGAAUAUCGCCUGGAGCAGCUGCAAUGCGAGCGCGACAAGCUCGCCGGCGAUUGCCAGACGCUCGAGGAGCGCGUCGCUGAGCUGCAGGUGCAGUGCAAAUGUCAUCAGGAGGACAAGGCGCAGCUGCAGCAGCUGCUGAGCGAAACGCAGCGACAUUUGAGCGACGCCAAGCUGCAGCUAAGCGAUGCCGAGACGCGCCUGGAGAAGGAAAUGCAGCUGCGCAAACGCGACGCAGACGAGUGGCAACAAUUUCAGGCGGAUCUGCUGAUGACAGUGCGUGUUGCCAACGAUUUCAAGACUGAGGCGCUUAGCGCACGCGAGCAGCUGGUGCUCGAUAAUAAAACGCAAAAGGAAAAGAUACGUUUGCUCGAGCAGCAGCUCGAUAAAUUCAACAAGCAGCAAUUGCAACAGUCAGAGACGCAGCAAUCGGUGCUGUCCACUGUGCAGCAGGAGAUGGCCGCCAGGCGCAGCAAGCUUAGCUUUAGUCGACAGGACUCGCGUCUGUCUGUCAAGACGCUCAUCGAAAGCAUUGAGAACAACAAGCAGAGCAAGACAGAUGCAGAUGCGGAGUCGCACUACAGCUCAACGUCUAGUUUAAACAGCGGCACACCCGAAACGGGCAACACGCCGGUUAUAUUGCCGCUGAGCAGCGAUUGGCAUGAGAGCCUGCGCUUGCCUGUGCUGCAGAGCAGCAAUUUGCAUGUAAAUAUCAACAACACAGCAGCAGCAGCAGCACAGCAGCCAGCAGCAGCAGCAGCGUCGCCAACAGCAACAAGCACAGCCAAAGCAACUACAACAACAAAUGCAACUACAUCACAGCCCUCCACACCAAACACGCCCAGCGCGCAACAGCAGCCGCCCAGCCUGUCUACGCCAGUGCAGCAAACUCCGCCCAGCAGCAGCAGCAGCAGCAGUAUUAACAACAGCAGCAGUGCGCUUGUCAACAGCCUAAGUUUUGGCAAUGUCUCAAAGUCCUUCAGCAGCGGCGAGCGCAAGGAUCCGCUCAAUAUGCUGGCCAAGAACGGUGGCUCAAAGCGCAAUGCAUUGCUCAAGUGGUGCCAGAACAAAACUGUUGGCUAUCGCAACAUUGACAUCACCAACUUUAGCUCAUCGUGGAACGAUGGCUUGGCAUUCUGCGCCAUUCUACAUUCCUAUUUGCCGGAUCGCAUACCCUACGAUACGCUCAGUCCGGCCAACAAGCGGCGUAACUUUUCACUCGCCUUUGCUGCCGCCGAAUCCGUCGGCAUUGGCACCACGCUGAACAUCAACGACAUGUGUCAGAUUGAGCGACCGGAUUGGACGCAGGUCAUGUCCUAUGUAACAGCGAUCUACAAGUAUUUUGAGACGUAGACGACUCAACCUGAAAACCUUUUGUAUAUUCUUUGUCGCUCUGACUAUUUAUUUUACUAUUUUGGCGAGUCUUUGCUUUAUUAUUUUUUUUUUUAAAUGCCUACUCAUAAAUAUAGUGUUUUUUUUUUAAUAUUGUAUUGUCAUGCUUAAAAAUGUGUGGCAAAUUUUUAAGCAUAUAUUAUUAUAACAGAGUUUAUUUUUAAUACAUAUAACUAGCGAGAAGCAGAGUGGCCGAUUAGCUUUAGCAUAUUAUUUAUUAUAAAAACAAAAAAACUAAAAAAUGAUCAACAACAAAUGUAUU